CUUCCGGUAUUUAGAAUGGAGUUUGGAUAAAUUAUUACAGCAUUAUUGGUGUGUAAUGAGCCUCUUGGUAGACGUCGCAAGAUAACAUGUAUCCUUGGCUUCAAAGUACUUUAUUAGCAGCAGCCAAAUUCAUGGGGAAUAUUAUACAGAGUCGACUCCCGUCCAGCUACGUGGAGCGGUACACAGUAGAUGUCCUUCAAAAACCAGACAUCAAGCUCACUGAUGUUGAGAUCACUGACAUUGCCAAUGCAGCAGAAAAACUCAAGGAGGCAAUUGUUCAAAAUGCUUCGAAAAAUGAAAUCCAUAAUUUAGUUGUGAAUGUUCCGAAUUUGGCCCAUAUAUUAGGAUACAGGGACAAUGAAGGUUACAACGCACUUCAACAUGCUGUGAUAGUAAAUAGAGCUGAUAUAGUCAGCUAUCUCAUAGAAAUUGGAUCUGAUAUUAAUAAUCCCAUAUGUGGCAGGCCAUUGCAUUUAGCAUGUAAAUUGGGGCACCUUGAGAUUAUCAACAAACUCCUUAGACUUGGUGCAGACACUAAUGUUAUAUCCUGUGUCUGCUACCCAGAAAAGCACAAGAAGUAUGAGUAUCGAUACAAUGAAAUAAUGAAGAACUGGUCAAAGUUUUGUCACUUUGAUGUAUACUCUAAGGCCAGUGAGAGUGCCCAGUUUGAUUACCCAGUGUAUUACGCUAUAGCAUCAGGACGUGUGCAAUGCCUCAAGCUUCUAUUGGAAGAGUAUGGUUGUGACACUGAACUUAUGCAUGACAUUCCUAUGCUGCAUAUUGCAUGUGCUCUAGGCUCAUACCAAUGUAUGAAAUAUUUCUGCAAGAACAGUCCAGGAGAUAUUAACAGACAAGACAAUAAAGGUCUCUACCCGAUACACUAUGCGCUAGCCCAGGGAAAGGCAUUUGCAGAGUUCUUAGUUCUCCAAGGUGCCAGUGUCCAAGUUAAAACACCCCAGAAGGAGACUUUACUUCAUGUAUUGUACAAGAAUUGCAACCCUUUCCACCCAAUUGCAGAGAUUACAGAGUACCUGCUAAGCUGUGGGUUGCACAUGAAUAUCAACACAGCAGACAGUGAGGGAAAUACAGCAUUGAAUGUUCUCCUCCGAUAUGUUCACAUCCAAGCGGAAUAUCUCGUCCAGGUUGAGGGAGUGAAAUUAAUCCAGAAGAGACCAGAAACCUAUGAUGAUGAACUUAUCCGAUGUAUCAAUCUCCUUCUCGAUGCUAAUGCCAAUCCAAAUAUCAUCAAUAAGCAGGGAAACACGGCGAUGCAUGUAUUGAUGGACACUCCGGAGAUGCCUCAGGCCCAGCCCAGCUUGUACUUAGAGAGCAUGCGGCCACCUCAUGGUGAACAACGAUUCAACCAUCCACUUGCCCUGAAGAUAAUGGUGCUUCUCAUAAAUAAUGGUUCUAACCCAAACUACCUGAAUAAGAAAGAAAAGAGUGUAGUUGAUCUGUUACUCCUCAAUGGAUUUCAGAUGAUCUUCUUGAAAUACUCACCUCGCAAGGAAGAAGUUGAUAUUAUAUGUCAGAUGCUUGUCUUACUUCAUGGUAAGGGCUUCAAUUAUAGCUCCCAGGCCAAUGGACUUCUACCACAUAAACUUUUAGAAUAUUUCAACCGUGUGGAGAAUCACUAUGUAUCUCUAUUACAUACUCAUAAUCCAUACUUUGAAGGCAGAGAUCUGUUUCAAGAGUAUGCAUCUAGUCUAUAUGAGAUCCUUCAGGUUCUGUUGAAUUGUGGCUGUGACCCUAAUACAAUCCCUACAGGACCAUUGGCCACCCCAUUCAGACCCCCAAAUGUUGCCCUGGAAGCUUGGUACUUCAAAUUUGUUAAUUGUCCAAGCCAUAUCCCAUUCCACCUUGUUAAGAAUAUCAUCUGCUUGUUCUUGCGAUUUGGGGCUAACCCACAAAUGGGGUUACCCUGGCCCCCGAUUCUGUACCACGCAACUGCCAUGUUGAGCUCAGGACAGUAUGAUCGCUAUAAACCAGAAGAAUGGCAGGAGAUUAUAAACAUAGUGUUCACAUCAACAUGUCCAGGGAUCAAGGUGGAAGCUGUUCCACCCAAACCUAAAAUAAUGACAGAUAGGGGGAAGCACCAGCCAAGGUCAUUAAAACAGCUCUCCAGGUCUGCCAUCUAUCUGGCCAUGAGGCGCAGAUUGGCAGGGCGUGUCGAAAUCUUGCCAAUACCAGAGGUAUUGAAAGAUUAUUUACUCAGUUUUGAGGCUUAAUUUCUGUUCAGUAAAUGGGUUGUGAGAUAUACUAAUGUGGGUAUGACAACAGUGUAUAUAGAGAAUGGUAGUUAUUAUUGAUUUGCAGUUAUCACUUUCAGCAUUCAACUAACUGGGUGCUUCACCUAGAUGAGAAUUUGGAAAAUCAUGAAAAUGUUCUGACCUAUUGUUAUGGUCAAGUAACCAAGUUUGGCAUUGUCAAAAAUAGACUUUGUAAUCUACACUGAAUUCUACAUUGAAGUUUUGAGAUGCUUCCUAAUCUCCAUGCAUGCUAUAUCUUCUAAUUAAGUUCUAAUAUAAAAGUUCUAUAAACAAUCUUCAAAAAACAUGUUAAUCAGUUAUGAGAUAGCCAUGCUCCACUAUAGCCAUCACAUUGAAGAUUAUAUAGUGGAUCUAUCAUACAUAUACAUCAUAUUUAUUCA